UGCCUGUCAGAAGUUUUCCAUCUGUCUCAAUUUGUGUGUUGGGUGUUUUGCGAUGCAGCCGGUGUAAACGUUUUUUUGAUUAUUCAGAUAUUAUAAUUAAUCAGCCAUAAAAUAGUUUACAACAGUAGCGGUUUACUGCUGUUUACAGUUGCAUCUUUGUCAUGGAAUCCCCUUGUUUUUAAACAUUUUUAAAGGAUUCCCCUGAUUUUACAAAAGAAUUCCUGGCAAAAAAUCGAGCGAAGCUUCAUUAGUUCAUUUUCUUGCUGUGUCAGCCGGCAGAAAUAGUGGUAAAUAUUUUCAAUUUUCAUUGCGAGUUCAGAGUUGUGAAUACAAAACAAGCUGAGUCGACAUCUGAAUCCAAAAGAAGAAAGAAAGUUCAUUAACAAUGGAAGACCUUGAAAAAAUAAAAAAUGCCACGUUAAAUCCAUCCGAUGUGAUAAUGACUGCAAGAAAAAGCAACUUGCAAGUAGCCCAAGAGCUUCGCUUGCGAGAAGUAAAAACCACAAAUAGAUUACUCUCUGAAGAUGAAGAAUACUACAUGCACGCAAAUGAGAAGCGAAACUCAAAUUUGCGGAAAAUAUUGGGGUAUUCUGCCGAAAGAACGAAAUUGUUUCUCAUGCUCGUCUUUUUCGUUCUGGUUAUGUGUUUCAUCAUGUAUAAUUCUUUAGUCACUUUCACAGCCUUUAAAGUUGCUAACAAAAGGCUUGCACAUUUUGAGUCUGCUCUUCAAAACGAUGAAUCCCGAUUGUCUCAAUAUGCGAAACAAACUCAAGAAACUUUGGAUGCAUUAUAUCGAAAAUUGACGCAGGAUAAUGAAGAAAGGAUGAAUUCCCUUCACAUGGAGUUUUCUAAACUGAAAAACGAUUAUGAACACCAUGACAGACGAAUUUUGGAUGCCAAUAAAAAGCUUCGAGAUGCAACUUGUUCUCUAAUUCCCGAAGGCAAACGGUUUGAUUGUCAUCCCGAAUCUGGGGCUUCGAAAUCUUCUUGCACUAAGCGAAAUUGUUGUUGGAAGCCAGUUCAUAAAACUAAAGUAUUCAAGAGUCAAGAAGACAUCAAUGUGCCUUAUUGUUACUAUGAUGUGAACUGGAAAAUAUACGAUUACGAGAAUAUAACAUCUAAAGGGAAUGGAAAUGACGUUUCUGGAUUUUUACAACUGAAGGGCUCCUCGUCUUACAAAAAUGAUUUAAAUCUGAUUAAAAUUGAGUCUACGAGUAUUGAUAGUUCUACUUUACGAGUAAAACUCUAUGAUCCAGCGGAAAAAAGGUACGAGCCUCCAUGGCCAGUUAUACCAACAUCCAAAUCUUUCUCCGGGACUACAAAUUACCAACUUAAAAUUGAUAAAUCUAAUCCAGGAUUUGCGGUACAUCGGAGUUCAAAUGGAGAAACUUUAUUCAAUUCGAAUGGAGUUGGUGGAUUUAUAUUUGCCAAUCAGUUUUUGCAAAUGAGUUCGCUCUUGCCUUCGAAAAAUAUUUAUGGUCUCGGAGAGCACAGAACGAAUUUAAAAUUAUCUACAAAUUGGGAAAUGUUAACGUUAUUUAACGGGGAUCAACCGCCGGUAGAAAAGGCAAAUCUGUACGGAUCGCAUCCAUUUUAUUUGAUAAUUGAAGAAUCUGGAGAUUGUCAUGGAGUUCUUUUUUUGAACAGCAAUGCAAUGGACGUCAUUUUGCAGCCAGCACCAGCAAUAACUUUCCGAACAAUUGGUGGAAUCUUCGACAUUUAUUUUUUUAUGGGUCCAACUCCAGCAGACGUUUUACAACAAUAUUCGAAAAUUGUGGGGAAACCUUUCUUACCACCUUACUGGUCGUUGGGUUUUCACCUUUGCAGAUUUGGUUACGGAACCUUGGAGAAAACUAAAGAGGCCUGGAAGAGGACAAAAGAUGCAAGGAUUCCUUUUGAUACUCAGUGGAAUGAUUUGGAUUACAUGGACAAAAACAAUGAUUUUACUUUCGACAAAAUUAAAUUUAAGGAACUUCCGGAAUUUGUGAAGAAUCUUCACGAAGAAGGGAUGCAUUACAUUCCUUUGAUUGAUGCUGGAAUUUCGGGAGCGGAGGCGAAAGGCUCGUAUAUUCCUUACGAUGAGGGUGUUCGUGAAGGAAUUUUUGUAAAAGAUGUCAACGAUUCACCUUUUCAUGGAAAAGUUUGGAAUCUUAAUUCUACAGUUUGGCCGGAUUUUACUAAUCCUAAAACUCAGGAGUAUUAUUUGAAGAUGAUGAAGGAAACCCAUGAAAGCUUUGAAUUCGAUGGUGCAUGGAUUGAUAUGAAUGAGCCAUCCAAUUUUUAUAAUGGUCUUUCCAAUGGAUGUCCAGUGAACGAUUUGGAUAAUCCAGAAUAUGUACCAAAGGUUAAUGGUGCUUUUCUGGCCAAAAAAACUUUGUGCAUGAGUGCCCAACAUUAUAAAGGAGCUCAUUAUGAUCUUCAUAAUACCUAUGGUAUGAGCCAAGCAGUGACUACAAACUAUGCUCUGAAACAGAUAAGGAAUAAGAGACCUUUUAUUAUUUCCCGAUCUACAUGGGUUGGUCACGGAUUUUAUGCAGGACACUGGACUGGUGAUAUUUACUCAUCCUGGUACGACCUGAAAAUGAGCAUCCCUGAAAUUUUGCAAUUUAGUUUCUUCCAAAUUCCAAUGAUAGGCGCAGACAUUUGCGGCUUUAAUGGGAAUACGACACCUUCUCUCUGCAACCGUUGGAUGCAACUUGGAGCUUUCUAUCCUUUCUCAAGAAAUCAUAACUCGAAUGAUACAGUCGAACAAGAUCCAGUGAUGAUGGGAGACUUAGUGGUCAAAUCUUCGAAAAAAGCUCUAACAGUUCGAUAUGAGCUCUUACCAUACUUAUACACUCUCUUUUUCCGGGCUCAUCAAUUUGGAGAAACAGUAGCACGUCCCCUCUUUUUCGAGUUUACCAAUGAUUCCAAGACGUUCAGCAUUGAUUCGCAGUUCCUUUGGGGAAGUUCUUUGAUGAUCGUUCCAGUACUGGACGAGACAUCGGAUAAAAACGAAAAAGUUGAUGCAUAUAUUCCUCGUGGUAAAUGGUAUAAAUUCUACACGAAUGAAUCCAUAAUAUCAACUGGACAGAAUAUGACUCUAGAAGCUCCUUUGGAUACGAUUCCUUUAUUGGUACGUGGUGGAUCAAUUUUGCCAAUGCAACGAGCUUCUCAGACUACUACAGCGAGUCGAAAAAAUCAGUUUGGAUUAUUGAUUGCCUUGGAUGAUGAGAAAACUGCUAAAGGAGAAUUAUAUUGGGAUGAUGGCGACAGCUUAGAUUCCAUCGAAAAAGGGCAAUAUCGCUGGUUGAGAUUUACAGUAAAAAAUAAUACUCUUGUUAAUAAAGCAGUCAAAGGAUCGUUUGCCGAAAAAAUGGAUUUAGCAAGAAUUCAAGUUAUGGGAUUGGCAGUGAAAGGAAUAAGCAGGGUAUUGGUUAAUGACAAGGAAAUUUCAAAGGAUCAGUUCCAUUACAACAAAGAACCGUCUUAUCUAUUUGUGAAAAAUUUGGGAUUGGAUUUAAAAGAAAAGUUCACUUUAUCUUGGAUGGAUUCUCCUUCCGGAACAGAAAUAAAUCACUACGAAAUUCGAGUAUCUGACGGGAUAACAUCUGCGAGGACAUCAGCAGCAACAGCUAUAAGUCACAAUAUAUUUUUGCUUACUAUUUUUUCGCUUCUGUUUUGUGAUCAUUUAUUGGUAAGAGUUAUAUAUUGAUUCAGAAAUAACAGUAAUAAUAUACUUUUCCAAUGUAUCACUGGACAGAAGAUAUAAUCAUUAAGUGCCAUUUUAUUAACCAAUGAAAGUAAAUUUUAAGUAGAAUUAACUACAGUUUUUAAGAAAAAUUGUUUGAAAAGAUUGUUUACUUUUCUAUAGAUAUAUUCUAUUUUUACCUACUUAUCGUAUUUUGAGAUUUAGAAUUAUAUAUUACUAUUUUCGUAUCCACAUUUUAUAUAAUAUAGGUAGUUAUACAUUUUUUUAUAUUGACAUCGAUCUAAAAAUUUGUUAUUGUAAGGUGUUUGACUGAUAAAAUAUUAUAUGUACUUAUUAAAUAUAGACGUACUUCUUCUAUUUGAGGUUCUUUAGUAAUUUUGGAGACAAUUUUAAUAUUGAGAUUGUCAAGUUUUAUCAAUCUCGUAUGAAAACAAUUUUUUUCAUCCUGUUAUUCGUUGGCUAUUUUUGAUAAAUAUAUUCUAAUAUUGCGCAAGUGUUCAUUAAUUUAUUUUUAAUAUUUUGAUUUUUAUGAUAUAAUUGAAAUUGACCUAUUUUACAAUAAUUUACGAUUCUUCAUUUAUUUAAAGCUGCUUUCUUGUAGUAUUAAAUCGCAUUAUAAAUAAAUCAAGUGUAGUGAAAAUGGACUUUAAAGUGCUUUUCUAAAAUAACCGAAACAAAAAAACGAAAUCCAAUAAUCAGAAACCCGUUUCUCAGUUCCUAUAAAUAUAAAAAAAAACGCAUUUCCACUGCAUUCGAUUUUGUUUUAAAUUCGAUUUACGAAUUUGAAAAAUAUUUAAUGGUAUUGAAUAUCGUAAAUGAUUUAAAAAUGGGGAAAUCUUAAUUAGAUUCGAAAAAAAUAUAUUAAAGAAUUUUUGUUUGUAUUUUUUGAAAACUGAACUGACACAGUUUAUCAAAAAUAGGCAAGAAAGAAAUAAGUUUAAAAAAUUCUCAAGAGUUAUUUUUGCGAGAUGAUAUAUUGAUAUGUUAGAAAUCAUUAUGUUGUUAAUUUUUUCUUAAAAUAGGU